AUGUUUGUGCAAUGCUUUUCUGUCUUAAAAUAACAAAAAUGUGAAUAAAAAUAAUGUUUGAUUCUAAAUAACUAAAUUAGCAAUUAAGAACUUGAAAGUUUGUAACAGGUAAAUCUAUAUUCUAUCAAAAUUAGAUUCAUACCUUAUAAUCUCCAUUAUCCGGCAAUUCUUAAUGUUUGACUGAAAAUGGUUCUUUCACUAAAUUUAAUGAAAAAAUUAUUGAUGAACCUGUAUAUGAAUUAAUUUUCUCUGAUUUAGAUAAUGCUUAGUACUAUAGACAAACUCUUGUAUUUCCAAAUAGUAUUAACUCAAAUAGAUAUUUUAGUGAAAGAAUUAAAAUAAGCAAUUCAAAAGAUUAAACGUUCAUAUAAUGGAUUGGUAAUGCCGAUAAAUAAAAUUCAAAUUGAUAAUUAGUCUAAUGAUAUAUACAAACUAAGGAUUAUUGUAAAAUAAAUUAAGUAUUUAGACAAAAAAAUUUAUUUAUCACAAUUUUACAAUUAAUAUUAGAGAACUGUGUAGAUUUAUAAUAAGAGUACUUGAAUUAGAUUUAACACUUUUAAGCAGUAGCAAAUUAUUAAAAUAAAAAUAGAUGACUUAAUUUAAUAUCAAGAUGAAUCAAUACACAUCAAUCCCAUUUUUUUAACGAGAAAUUACGUUUUAAAGCAAUCUUUUUAUGAUGUUCUAAAAGAAAAGUUUCAGUAAAUUGAAAUAUGUGAAAGUACUCAGCUGAUCUUUGAUAUUUUGAGAGAUUUUGAAAAUUAAGAUUUAGAAAAACUAAAAAGUCAUCAUGUUAUGGAUAAAUAUAUCUAUAAGCUGAAAUUAUAGCUUAUAAAUCUACUUUAUAAAAGAAGAUAGAUUUGA